AUGUACAAAAUCACCCCCAUUUACAAGCCAUCGAUGGUUCCGACUUGUCUUCCAGCUCUCCUGCAGCAGUUCUUGAAGCAGGUUGGGUUUCUACCAUCCAUCCAGCAGUGGCCUAACGGCUCCGACAUGGGGAGUGUUUUCGCAGAAGUAGCAGGUUCCAGCAAGGACCUGAAGGGGGAGAGCAAGGAGAACAAUGGCGGAGAACUUCAUCUUGCUGGAGGGAGUUUUGGUAUUAUCGAUUAA